GAUGUCUAGAAAAUCCAGUGAGCAGUUUUAGUGAGAAGAAUAGAAAUGCGCGCCCUAGUUACUCUUUUUGCCGUUGGCAUUGUUGCCGUUGCAGGCAACAAGGUCAUUCAUCCAAUAGUAGGCGGAGUGGAGACUUCAAUCGAAAGCCAUCCAUACACUGCAUCACUCUUGUACAGCGCGGACUUGGCGGCAUAUGUUCAAACUUGUGUUGGUGCUGUUCUUAACAGCAGGACUGUGUUAUCUGCAGCUCACUGUUUUAUUGGUGAUGCAACUUACGCGUGGAGGAUUCGCUUGGGAUCUGACUUCGCUAACAGCGGUGGUACAGUCUACACGACAUUCCGUAUCAUGAAUCACCCUGAUUUCAAUCCUUUCUACUACGAAGCUGACGUAUCCCUGCUGCAGUCAGCAUCAACAUUCUUGUACAGUGACCGAGUACGUCCCGCCGCCAUUGCUGGUCCUAACUACAACGUCGGUGACAACCAACCUCUGUUGGCUGUUGGUUGGGGUAAAAGCUCUGCUAACGCAACAGUUACUGAGAGAUUGAGACAAAUCCAAGUUAACCAUAUCAACUUGGCAACAUGCAGAAACAUCUACUGGGCCCUGUCAAUGUACCCAAGUGAAGUGAUGUUGUGCUCCGGUUGGCUCGACACGUACCGUGGCAAGGAGUGCCAGGGUACAACUGGAGGUCCCCUUCUACACAACAAUGUAAUCGUCGGUGUAACCUCAUGGGGCGAGCAAUGCGUUCUCAACCAGUACCCCGGUAUUAGCGCUCGCAUCUCAAACUACACAUCAUGGAUUCAAGCUAACGCUUAAGAUUAUUUAUUCUAAUUAAAUAAAAUCGUUUUUAAA